ACAUCUAAUCUUGCACCCCCUUCCAUUUCACUUUUGAGGUUUAAGUUAAGUUGCAAGGGAACUUUGCGUAAGAGUUUUUUUGAAGAUGCAGCACUUCUGGAUGCCUUCUUUCUUAUUCUUAUUCCUGUUUUACUCCUGGUAUAUGAUGUAGGUUAUUGAAUCUCCAAACCCUCAUAAAAGCAUAUUCCAGCAUCUUCAUUAGUAUAUCGAGCUCUCCAAGUCCAACUUAUCCCUCAUCAGACUCAGAUGCAAUUGCGUCAAUUCAUGGUUUUUCAAUGACACCGUAAAAUGGGAAUAAUUAUAAAAGAGUGUUAACCAGUUUCUUCUUCAUGAUUCAGAAGCAUGAAAAAACUGCGAUGGUUGACUAUUUUUGGGCUCUGUGGAAAAGGAGGGAAAUUUUUCUAUUGACCCGGCCCUGACCCUAGUAGACUCAUCCUAAACUCGCCAUCAUACAUUUGAUCUACCCCUGGUUUAAGAAGCAUCUCAUUCUCAGUAUGAAGGCUGUCAUUCUUGUUGGAGGCUUUGGCACUCGUCUGAGGCCAUUGACCCUCAGUAUCCCUAAGCCGCUUGUUGAAUUUGCCAACAAACCUAUGAUUUUGCAUCAGAUUGAGGCACUUAAAGAUGUUGGAGUGAGUGAAGUGGUUCUGGCUAUUAACUACCAGCCUGAGGUGAUGCUGAAUUUCUUGAAAGAAUUUGAAUCAAAGCUUGGCAUCAAGAUUACCUGUUCGCAAGAGACUGAACCACUUGGGACCGCGGGUCCCCUUGCCCUGGCUAGGGACAAAUUGUUAGAUGAGUCCGGUGAGCCAUUUUUUGUUCUCAACAGUGAUGUCAUCAGUGAGUAUCCUUUCAAGGAGAUGAUUGAAUUUCACAAGGCGCAUGGAGGUGAGGCUUCCCUACUUGUAACCAAGGUUGAUGAACCUUCAAAGUAUGGUGUUGUGAUCAUGGAUGACUCGACCGGGAAUGUGGAGAGAUUCGUGGAGAAGCCAAAAACGUUUGUUGGUAAUAAGAUCAAUGCGGGGAUUUAUCUGCUUAAUCCUUCAGUCUUAGACCGAAUUGAAUUAAAACCCACCUCCAUUGAGAAAGAGAUAUUCCCAAAAAUCGCAGCAGAGAAAAAGCUCUAUGCCAUGGUCCUUCCGGGCUUCUGGAUGGACAUCGGGCAACCAAAGGAUUACAUCACUGGGCUGAGACUUUACUUGGACUCUCUGAGGAAGAAAUCAUCGCCCAAACUGGCUUCUGGACCCCACAUUCUCGGGAACGUGAUUGUGGAUGAGACUGCCAAAGUCGGGGAGGGAUGUCUGAUUGGGCCAGAUGUUGCGAUCGGGCCAGGCUGCACAAUCGAGUCGGGGGUCAGGCUAUCCCGCUGCACUGUCAUGCGUGGCGUCCGCAUCAAGAAGCAUGCUUGCAUUUCCAGCAGCAUAAUCGGUUGGCACUCCUCGGUCGGGCAGUGGGCCCAUGUGGAGAACAUGACGAUUCUCGGGGAGGACGUUCAUUUGUGUGAUGAGAUAUACAGCAAUGGGGGCGUGGUUCUGCCACACAAAGAGAUCAAAUCAAACAUACUGAAUCCAGAGAUAGUUAUGUGAGUAAUAGGGAGUCUCCUUGGAACUUGUCUGUUGUUCUUGUUCUGUCAUGUGGCUGUUCUCUUCUGUCUUUUUUUUUAAUGUAAUUACCCUUCCAUGGUUAUUGUUUUCUCUUUUCGAAGUGUAAAAGCUCAACAGCAGGUUCGGCUUUUUAUUUGCUAUUCUUUUUUGUGACCAUUGGGCAUUGGCGUUUUCUUUUUAUUUUUCUUCUCUUUGUCUUUAUGAUUUGAGCUUGUAAUUAUGGUAAUACAACAUCUAAUAAAAGCAUUGUUGUUGUGCUAUAUUGAAC